CGUAUUCCAAAAAAAAAAAAAAAAAAAGACCAGUCAACCUGUUAGUAGGCUUUACAUAUCCUACUUUACAACAAUACCAAUUCAUUCAUCUUUCUAAACAAGCUUUCCUCUCUUUCAAGUGUCGACCAUCAACCGACCAACAUGUUCGCCACCGCCGCCGCCACCGCUUCUCACCCUCACAUCUUAGUGUUCCCAUACCCAGCACAAGGCCACAUGCUUCCCCUCCUAGACCUCACCCACCAACUUGCCCUUAGAGGCCUAACCAUCACCAUCUUAGUCACCCCUAAAAGCCUCCCUUUCCUUUCACCUCUCCUCUCUACUCACCCUUCUUCCAUUACACCCCUCGUUUUCCCUUUCCCUUCUCACCCUCUCAUCCCACAAGGCGUUGAGCAUGUUAAAGACCUUGGCAACAGUGGGAACCUCCCUAUAAUGGCCGCUUUAGGCAAGCUUCAUGACCCUUUACUCAACUGGUUCAACUCUCAGUCUAAUCCACCAGUUGCCAUCAUUUCCGAUUUCUUCCUCGGUUGGACUCAACGACUCGCGACUCAGUUACAAAUACCCAGACUCACUUUCUUCGCUUCAGGUGCGUUUGUGGUCUCUCUAUGUGAUUAUAUGUGGUCCAACAUUGAAAAACUGAAGUCUUUGAGUGAAAUAAAGCUUAGUCAUUUACCUGGUUCUCCUGUUUUCAAGCCAGAAAAUUUCCCAUCCUUGUUUAAACACUAUAAACAAUCAGACCCUGAUUGCGAGUUUGUUAAGGAUGGGAUUUUAGCAAAUACAAAGAGUUGGGGCUGUGUUUUGAAUUCAUUUGAUGCUUUGGAAACUGAAUAUAUUCAAUGGUUGAAGACAUACGUAGGUCAUAAUCGUGUUUAUAGUGUUGGACCAGUGAGUUUGAUAGGCAAUCGGGGAGAUUCGGAUCCGAGUUCGGGUUCGGACGGGGUCAUGACUUGGCUUGAUCAAUGCCCUGAUGGUUCCGUUGUUUAUGUUUGUUUUGGGAGUCAAAAGCUUUUGAGGAAAGAACAAGUGGAAGCUUUAGCUAAUGGGCUAGAAAAGAGUGGUACACGUUUUAUUUGGGUGGUGAAACCGGGUACGACCAAUGGGUUCGGAGAUGUACCCGAUGGGUUCGAGGAACGGGUUGCGGGUCAGGGUUUGGUUAUAAAAGGAUGGGCACCACAGUUGUUGAUAUUGAACCAUAAGGCAGUGGGUGGGUUUUUGAGUCAUUGUGGGUGGAACUCAGUUUUGGAAGGGAUAGUGGGUGGAGUUAUGAUAUUGGCUUGGCCUAUGGAGGCUGACCAAUUUGUGAAUGCCAAGCUUUUGGUUGAUGAAAUAGGUGUGGCUGUUAGGGUGUGUGAGGGUGCUGACUCGGUUCCUAACUCGGAUGAAUUGGGUCGAGCCGUUGCUGAGGCAAUGACCGAGGGUGGAGGAAUGAAGACCAAGGCGAAAGAUCUCAAACAAAAAGCUUUGGCAGCAGUGAGCCAUGGGGAAAGCUCCAUGAAAGAUUUGGAUAGAGUUGUGGAAGAAUUGGGUCAACUUAGAGGGUGAUAAGUCUUUUAUAUCAAUGUUUUUAAAUUAUUAUUUUAAAAAGUUAUAAAAUAGUUAUUUAGACA